UAUUCACAAGAAAUGAUAAUUUGUGUUUUGGAAUGCAGCCAGCCAUACAUAUUAUUCUUGGGUCGAAGAUACGAACGCAUCUGUCCUAGCUUAAUGUACUAGUGAAUGCGUUUGUGAAUACUCUGGCAGGAUGUCUUCACGUGACGACACUCGUUUGUUGAUGUUGUUGUUGUUGUUGUUCGUUUAGGAUAGGUUUGGUAGGUGCAUCAACAAACACCUUGAUUAAUGUUCGCAAAACAUAUUUUUGCUACUCAGAUAAACUUUGCCACGAUAAUGAAAGAGUGGAUUGAUCAGCUGUGAACAAGAGGAAAGUGUGAAAACGGUAAAGACUUCGUUUUCUCCGAUUCUAAUGCUCUUCAUUUUGCGACGCGACAUUACACUAUAGGCUGCACAAGAUGCCUAAUCAAUGUAUUAUGUGCAUCAAGAUCACCUCCGUGUUGAAACAAGAAAGAAAAUGCAAGUAUGGCAGCUACUGUUAACAGCGCAGAACAAAAACCAGUAAGUGUUGGAGUAUUUGUUGACGUACCAAAUAGCACACCAAUUUCACCAGUACAGUUAUCAGCCAAUGAUAUAAGGAUGCCCCAGGAAUCGGGUUCUCAAAAUAUUGCAAAUGGAGACGCAGCAACUUUGCCGCUUCCAACACCAAAUUUUUCAAUUCCUCCACAUUUAAUGGGGCGGAAUAUUGAAAAUCCUGCAGAAGACUUAGUUACACGAGGCAGAAAACCCCAAAAGCCACGUCUGGGUGUAAAAGUGCCAUAUAGAAAUUUGACAAGCCAGAUUGUGACCCAGGACGAACUAGCACAAGAACUGCUCGAACGAUCUUUAAAAAAGUAUCCAGUUCAUGACACACCAGAAGGUGGCGAUAUUUUUUUUGCUAUUAAGUUAACGCAGAGACUUGCAAAUCAUAUUGCUCCAUCAUCAUCUAGUUCAGGUGCCACUGCAGCACAACCUACUGGUGUUCUACAAAAGACUGAUUUGUCAGUGAAAUCAGGUAAUAUUGUAUCAGAGAAGAACACUUCCGCCCAAGAGCAAAAGGUUAUUGCUGAUGACAAGGAGUUACUUGCUAUACUUGAGGGUGAUGUAGACCCUAACUGGAUACCCGAGAUAAAAGCUACACCACAGUGUCAACUACAAAGAACAGUUCCUUCUACAGUUCCUACAAAUGGAAAUCAUUUCACAACCCCUCCUAAGUUGGACCCUUUGCUUGAAAAAGAACUUGCUUUGAAGCAACUGAUGGAAUUUGAGACAACUCCACGGAAGAAGAAAACAGAUAAAUUGCAAGAAAAGUCGCCAAAGAAAACUAAGCAGAAUGUUAAGAAGCCUGCUAUUGAUGCACUUACUGAAAACAAUGCUCAUAAUGUUACAACUGAAGUAAAGAAGGUACCAAAGGAAAAUGAUGUAGCAGAGUUAAAGAAGAAAAAGAACAGGAAAAGAAAAGCUGUCGUUAUUGCCUCUGAUAAUGUAAAGAAGAAAAAGCUAUCUACUAAGAAUGUAUCAGAAAACAUUGAGAAUGGAAGAGCUGAUAGAAACAAAGUGAAAAAAUUACAAAAAGACUCAAAGAAAAUAAAUUCAACAGAUAAAAAAAUUAGUGAAAAUGUUGUUAAAGUAAUUGAGUCAGUUGUGAAAUCGUCUGCAGAAAUGGAGAAAAUAAAUGAGAGCCAGUCGCCAGUUCAAGAUACGAAAUGUGACCUUUCUGACAAGCCCUCAGAAGUGGAUACAAAAGGACUUCAUAGAGAAUCUAGUGUGGAAAAUGUAAAAAAUCAUCUUGACAAAAACAAAGCCAGUGUACAAGACGCAAUUUCAACUAAUGCUGUUCCUAAUAAUGAGAAUAAUACACCAGUUUCAGAAGUGUCUGAUCUAAAAAACAGGGCAGAUAAUUCUGAGAAAAAUAUCCGUAGGGGUAUCAGUAAAGACAAUGGGGAAGAUCAAAAGUUACCAGAUGCCUCAUCUGGUUCCAAGAAACGGUGCCGAAGAAGUGAAGUAGAUAAAUUACUUAUAGAUGAAGGUGCAAUUAAUCUUUUAUAUGAAGCAGAAUUAGGUGACUCAAGACGAAGGUCUGCAGUUUGUGAUAAUGAUGUUUCUUCCAAUAACAAUCUGAAAAAACCAAUAAAACCGAAACUGAACUCUUCCCGGUGGAAAAAGAAGAAUCUUCUAUUGAAAACCCGCCUUGUGAAGAAUGCUGUUCUGAGACUGAAAUCUUUGCAGAAUCCGGCAGUUAACUUACGUGCAAAAAGGCAGUUACUUUGCACAUCAGACCACCAGCAGAGUGCAGACAGCAAAAUGGCGCCACCCAAACGGAUGGAAUCUCGUGAAACUCUUCGGUCACCACCUCCAUCGACUGUUCACUUUGACCCCCCAUCACCAACUCAGUCUUUACCAUGUCCACCACGAUUGCAGUUACGGGCUGAGGCAUCAAGAAUAAUUCGUAGACAUUCUUCCAGCAGUAAUUUCUCCAGUCGCAGCACAAGCCCAACUCUGAUACCACGUACUAGUUGUGAUACUGGUAUUAAUCAACAUAAGAGUGAACAUACCAGUGAUGGUCAAAGUGGCAAAAAAGUUGUUUAUGAAUCUCAACUUAAAUCGAUUUCAAAGCAAGGGGCAGAGGCUCGUAAGAAGGGUGUUCCAAUAUUCAUCAGAAAAGCAGAGCCUCUACGGACAUAUAAAGAUAAGAAAGGAAAGGAGAAGGAAUUUAAUGGAACUGUUAGUAUUCAGAAGGAGGUGACAGGUGCAAGUAAAUCUGUUAAAACUUCAAGUACUAGAAUUGCAGAUAGUAAAACACUACCAAGAUUAAAGACAAGCAUAUCACAGAAAGAACAUGAAUCAAAAGAAGUUCUUUUGCCAAAUGCACCAAAAAAUGUUUCUCUUGAUAAAAGUAAAUUCAAUCCAGAUGUGACAAAAAUGCAUCAGAAAAAUUCCCACAAAGAAAAACUCCCAAAAUCAGCUAAGUUAUCUGAAGAACACAGUGUAAUGAAAGCAAAGAAAAAGGACAGGACACAAAAAUCAGAGGUUACUGGGAUGCCAGUAGUGGUUUCUAGUAGUCUUGAGAAAUCACCAGUUUCAGCAACUGAUGUAGAGGCAGAGCUCACUACUUGUUUAGCUGAAGCUGCAUCAGCUUUUGCAGCAGAAGAUAGAAGUCUCCAAGUGUCAUCGUCUGGUCAAAACACUCAGGUUGUAGCAAGGAGCAAACUAAGUACUCCAAAUCCAUCACAGAAGAAAGAUACAAACCGCUCACAUCCACAGAGUCCCAAUGCUGCUUCGUAUGUCACUCUGGUGAAAACUUUAGAGAAUGAUGUUCAGAAACAGAAGCGCAAAGAUGAUGAGCAUGCUAAGUCAAGAACAAGCAUUCGUCAAAAUGCUGGUACUGUGAGCUAUAGGGAACUUAACAUUCGGCGUUAUAAUGGUCUUGUUCAGAUCAUAAUGAACCCUGCAUCAACAAAAAUGAAAAAUGCACUAAACUUGCAGGUUCUACGUGAAUUACGUGGUGCAUUAUCUCAAAUGAAACGAGAUGAUUCCUGUCGAGCUGUUCUGCUGACAUCGACUGGUGGUCUCUUCUGUCAAGGUGUUGAUCUGCACUGUGUGCUGCUUUCAAACAUAGAACGGCGGAAGGCAGUAGCACAAGAAUUUGCUUUUGCAAUCAAGGAUUUUAUUAGAACAUUAGCACAUUUCAACAAACCUCUUAUAGCAGGUGUUAAUGGUGCAGCAGUUGGUUUAGGUGUAACAAUGCUACCUUUUUUCGACAUGGUGAUUGCAAGUGAUAAAGCAACAUUCUACACACCAUAUGCUAAACUUGGACAAGUACCUGAGGGUGGAGCCACAAUGACAUUCCAAUACAUGUUUGGAAAUUGUUUGACAAGUGAGCUGCUGUUUGGGUGUCGCAGAAUAACAGCCAGUGAAGCUUUGCACUUUGGCCUGGUGACACGCAUUUUAUGGCCUGAUCGUUUCCAAGAGGAGCUGAUUCCUAUUGUUCGCGGGGUUUCAGCUCAAUCAACCCAGGCAAUGGAAGCAACAAAGGCACUUUUACGCCAUGGCCUUCGAACUAAGUUAGAGGCUUCACUUGAGUCAGAAAUACACUUACUGGUGCAGCAUUGGUGCACAACUGAAUGUCAGAAUAAUAUUCGUAAUUUUCUGGAAGCUUAUGAAGAAAUCAGCUUGCAGAGACAACGCAUUGAUCCUGACCUCUAGCCUUGGGUUUGUCCCAUUAGUGCUGUCUGGUCAGAGUCCUCCAGAGGGCAACAGGGAAAUUCCUGUUUUGAACACUAAUAAUUAUUUAUUGUUGUAAGUGUGUGCUUUAUUUUUAUAGGCAGUUUGUUAUGGUUUGAAAUGGUGGAAUACCUGAUCAUCAUGAUGCAUGGUAAUGACUUUGUUAGGUCUUUGUGACAUUUGUGAUAUUAUUGAUAGAUAAUACAUCACUUUCGUUCUGUUCUAAAGUUUUGUGAGUACAGGUGUACUGUGUGGUUAUACAGAUGCCUUCAUAGAUGACAACAGUUAAAAAGAUGGUUUAAGUGCUGAAGGCAUUCUUAUCAACAGAACUUUCAUGCUGGGGCCAAGAUUGUAAUGCAGAUUUGUCUUUCUAUAUGAUUUCUGAUUGUUACAGUUGAAGCUGAAGAAGUUGAGUGUUUUGUAAUGUGUAAAAGUGUAGUUGUUGAUGAUCUCUCAGAAAUCUUUAUUUUCGUAAGAUCAGUUGAUACGUUGGUGAAUAAUUGUUAAGCCAUUUCAAUGUCACCUUUGUGCUCAGGAGAAUUCGGUGUUGAUCCAGUUUACGAAGAAAAGCUAAAUAGUUCGUGUGGAGACAGUGAUAGAUUGUAAUUACUGCUUUCUUGCAUUGUAUAGAAUUGAUAAUUUCAUCUCUUUGUACUUUUGUACAACUUUACAAAGUUGAAAACAAAUAUUCAUUGUUGUGGAUGUUCACAAAAUAAUAAUUUUGUUACAGAUGCAUACCAUUUAAGUUUACACUUAAGUAGUAAUCAUAUAUGCACUUAUUAUCAGAUGUUGACCUGUGUAUACUUCCUUGCACACAGUACUCCUGUUCAUCCUCCUCCUUUUUUAUCUACUUAUUUUCGUUUAAAGGUUGUCACUGUGCACUUUAAGAAAUUAAAAUUAAAUUUUCAAAAGUGCCAGAAUAUCACCUUCCUCUCCACUAACUACAUGCGUGCUCACACACACACACACACACACACACACACACACACACACACACACA